AUGGUCAAAACAAUUCGCGUCUUGCUUACGGGAGGCUCUGGAUUCCUUGGCCAGCACCUGCUUUCAACGUGGAUGAAAAAUGGCCCGGUCAUUAGCAGCAGCAAAGAAACGAACGGCAAUAAUAACAAAGAAGAAGAAGAAGUGGAAUAUGUCAUUUUUGCCCUGUACCAACGAAGCACCGCCUUUCCAAAAGCCAUUUCGGAGAAUCCUUGCCACAAGAACAUCCACAUUACCCCUUACAAAUGUGACAUUACCUCGCAAGCAGAUGUGGACAAACUGUUUCUGAACAAUUCCUUUGAUGUCUGCCUCCACACGGCAGCCAUGUCGCAACAAAAGGAAUGCCUCGAAAAUCCGACGGGUGCCAAAGCCUUGAACGUUCCCACCUUUCUGUUCGAAAAGCUCAAAGACAAGGUACCUCUGGUGGCAUUGUCCACAGAUCAAGUAUACGAUGGCACCAAGGAUUGUUUGAAAGAUGGCUUCUACAAGGCGGAUGGAGAAACCAUUCGUGCCAUGACGGUCUAUGGCAAGAGCAAGGUGGAAAUGGAAUCGUAUUUGCAAGACAAUCUAGGAUCAAGUAAAGUUCCUACUUUGCUCUUGCGUUCGACCAUUAUUGUGGGUCCGACUCCUCCCUUUGUCGAUGCCCACUCUACCUUUCUUCACUUUGUGGCUUCGCGGGAAAACCAAAAUACUUCCUUCUUUACCAAUGAAUUCCGGACCCUGGUGGGAGUCAAGCAUGUGUGUCGGGUCUUGGACUGGAUGGUCCGAAAUGUCUCCACGGCAACAACAGGAGGCAUUCAAGUCUUUCAUUUGGGUGGCCCCGUGCGUUCCAGUCGCUUCGAAAUGGCCCAAGUGGUCUUUGACCGAUUCCAGUUUGACAAGAGCGUCCUCGAAAAGGCAGAACGAUCUCCUCCCUUUCCCUUGGAUCUCAGUUUGGACAGCACCAAACUGGAGAAGCUUACCGGUAUCGUUCACGAACCAAAGACCAUGGAGGGUCUCGUGGCGGAAACCUUUCCUCGCAAACUUGUCUUGGUGACGGGAGGCAGUGGCCUGGCCGGAUCGGCCAUUCAAGAUUACAUUCAAAAGACGGGCGCCAAGAAUGACGAGGAAUGGGUAUUUCUCUCCACCAAAGAUGGGGAUCUUCGCAAACGCAGUGAUACAGUUGCGAUUUUUGAAAAAUAUUCUCCCACCCAUGUCAUUCACUUGGCGGCCAAAAUUGGUGGACUCUUUGCGGCCAUGUCCCAAAAGGUGGAAUUCUUUCGGGAGAAUGUUUUGAUCAAUGACAAUGUCAUGGAAUGUUGCCGGAUCUACAAGGUGGAAAAGCUUGUGAGCUAUUUAAGCACCUGUAUCUAUCCGGCCAAGGUGACCUAUCCCAUUGAUGAAACCAUGUUGCACAUUGGUCCUCCGCAUCACACCAACGAAACAUAUGCCUAUGCCAAACGACUUCUGGAUGUUAUGAAUCGGGCGUAUGCCGAAGAAUAUGGAUGCAACUUUACCUCGGUCAUUCCCACCAAUAUUUUUGGUCACCACGACAACUUUUCCAUUGAAGGGGGACACGUGAUCCCUGGAUUGAUUCACAAAUGUUACAUUGCCAAACGGGACAAGACACCCUUUACCAUUUGGGGGUCUGGUACUCCCUUGAGGCAAUUUAUUUACAAUAACGAUCUAGCCGAACUGACCGUGUGGGCCAUGAGGGAAUAUCAUGACCCAACCUGUCUGACAUUAAGUGGGGAUGAACAAGAUGAAGUUAGUAUCAAGGAUGCUGCUCUUUGUGUGGCCAAGGCGAUGGGAUUCGAGGGGGAAGUCAAGUUUGAUACCAGUAAGAAUGAUGGACAAUACAAGAAAACUGCCUCCAACAGUAGAUUUCGUGCACUGCGUCCAGAAUACAAGUUUACACCCUUUGAAACAGCCAUCCAAGAGACUGUCGAUUGGUUUGUAGAGAACUUUGAAACUGCUCGGAAGUAA